AUGACCACUGGAGCUGCGCAUGGGUGGCGUUGUCACCGUGUGAGUGGAUCCAAGGUGCAUCAACCAUUGCACUACAUUCAAUCAAUCAGACUUUUCGGUGCUGCCGAUGGUUUCAAUACAGAACUUCCUGAUCAUCUGCAUAUUGACUUUGCUAAGAGCCUGGACAGCUGCCCAAUAUUCUGGCAGUUGUCUUACCUCGAUUGGCUUUCACUACAAUCUCAAGCCAACAGUACAGAAGGUGAAUGUGAUUAUGACUCUGACUUGGAUGCGGAGAAUGAAGACCUUGUCGACUCGGACUUGGCUCCUGCCGUGUCAAGCGCAUGGGAGAUUGUUCACAUCCUUGCUAAGACACCCAUGCACCCCCGACAAUCCAUUCAACACAUUGAAACUAUACAUGGUGCCACUGAUUUUUUACUGGCACUCAAGUCAUUUUUAUACAACCACUUGCCACACAAUCACAUCGUGCCUGGUCCUCAAGAUCAUUUCGAUGUUUUCUGUCAAGUCAUUAUUAUCUCGCCUCCCAACUCUCGUGUUUCGGAGUCCCUGAAGCGCCUGUGUGUCCGGGUGACACCCGAAGUAGUUCCUUCUGCUUCUGGACGGAAGCCUGGGUCUCCAGCACGAUUCAACAUGGCCUUGGUGACUGAUGGUAUCUGGGCAUCAAGGUUGCGAAGUCUUGAUGGUAUGUAG